AUGGCUGUUGCUCUCCAGCAACAAUCAAAGACGAAUAUGGGUCCCAAAGGCAUCACUUUUUCGGGCAACACCUUUACGGUUCCUGAGACCCAUGAUAUGGUCAAGACACUUUUUGACCCCACUGUCAGGAAGUCCUAUUUUGAGUUGGUUAUUCUUGCUCUUUUAGCUUCUAAUGGACUUGUUUUCUGGCUUGUAAAGACCAAUUCGACUCGAAUUGAAAUCUUUAUUGGUCUUUAUCUUUUCUGGAGACUUUCCUACAAUUUUGGAAUAGGCUAUCUUCUUCACCAGCAGUCCAACUAUCAUAAACUUGUCAAUUGGGCUAACAAGCUCAACAUCUUUGAUGAGAAGAAUCACUCAAUUGCGUCCCGGUUAAUCAAGUCUGAAAUUUCCGCUCAAAUGGGCCCCAAGUACAAAAUCUCCAAGUACCCUGUGGACUUUAACACUUGGUUGGUGUUCCGGAAAGUCGUGGACUUGAUUCUUAUGCUGGACUUCACUACGUUUAUCGGAGUAGUCGUCACUUGUGCCAUGGAUAAUGACCUCCAGUUUCUCAAUACCUCGCAACAGGAGCCCUGGAUCGUGUACUCUCGUCUUAUAGUUGGUGCUGGACUCAUUUUGUUUAAUCUCUGGGUGAAAGUUGAUGCUCACAACAUCAUUAAAGACUACGCUUGGUACUGGGGAGAUUUCUUCUUUCGCCAAAUUAACAACGAAGACUUGAUCUUUGACGGUGUCUUCGAAAUGUUUCCACAUCCGAUGUACUCGGUUGGUUACGCUGGAUAUUAUGGGUUUGCCUUGAUAGCCAAAUCUUAUCGGGUGUUGGUUGUUGCUGUCUUUGGCCAUUUUCUUCAAAUGAUCUUUUUGCACUACAUCGAAAAUCCCCAUAUUGAUAAGCUUUAUGGACCCUCAGGCAACGAAGCUGAUUACCAGAAAAUCACCAAAAUUAAAGACUUGAAAAACUUUGACAACUUGAAGCCAUUGGUUGGUUUGUAUAAUUUCAGUUGGUUGAGAGCAGCUGACUUGCUUACGCUUAUCAUGGUCACUACCUACAGUGUUAUCAUUCCUGCCUUUGCAUCGCUGAUUGUUGGUACGGCCCAAUUUAGAGGAGCAAAAAUCAACAUUGCUCAUUGCAUGUUUGCAUUGACCGUGGCCAUAAAAGUAUUCGAAUCUCUUUCUAUUAACAUCUUUUUGGUUCUUCAAAGUUACUACAAGCUUUUCACUAAACGCUACCUUGCAAAUGAUAUUCCUAUAGAAAAGUCAUUGAGCAAUUGGGCAAUUAUCUAUAAUGGACUCAUCUCGUGGACUUAUGCUUCAUUUGUGGGAUUGAACUUUUUUCACUAUAUUACAGGUAUGGAAUACUCCAAAUUCUAUUUCUACGACUGGGUUUACUUGAGACUGUUCCUUGGAGCACUUCUCAUCUUGACCCAGGUAUGGAUCAAUUCUUCCAUUAUUGACCUGAUUGGAUAUUUUGGAUGGUUCUAUGGAGACUUUUUCCUUCCCACCUCUCCUCAAAGAUCUCAUUUGACUAAAGCUGGAGUUUAUCGCUACUUGAACAAUCCCGAACAACUUUUCGGUGUGUGUGGAGUUAUGGGCUUAACUCUCAUUGCUCCAUCGUUAGAGAAUUUUGUGUGUUGCUUGCUUUGGGUCUCCAAUAACUUUUUCCGGAUUAACUUUGUUGAAAAGGUUCAUAUGAUCAAAGUUUAUGGAGAAAAGGAAGUUUUCCAAGACUCUGGUGUUACCAAAACCUUCAAAAAGCAGCUUAUUCCCGAUGUUAUUCUGCGUAGAUUGAGUUCAAAUGAUGAAGCACCCAAUUUUGGUCGUCACCGCAGUACUUCUCACUUGGUCACUGGAAUUACCGACACCCUUGAAAGCUUUAUCAAAGAAUUGAGACAAUCGAACGCUAAACUCAGCAGACAAAACUUGUUGGAAUUGUCGCAAAACUUGUACUUCGAUAACUCAGACUACCAGAUCACCAUCGACAACUUACAAAAACUGGAUGAUAGAAUGCCCAAGUAUACCACUAUUGGAACUCCUAUUGAGAUUACAUGGAAAUGUCCUGAAAAUCACUCUGAUAAAGAUUGGAUUGGUCUAUACAAGGUGGUGCAAACUACGUACUCGCGGUCGAAAACUCUCAUUUCUUCAUCAGGAAGAUGGACAUGGGUCGAAUCCACUCGUGGUUCGUACGUUUUCACUGGCUCCAAACUCUUCUGGGAAGAAGGUAUCUAUGAGUUCAGAUUCCAUCUUGACGGUAAGCAUGAGGUAGCUUACAUUUCUGAGCCAUUUGAGAUCAAAGCACCAAAGAUUGAAGUCCCCGACACCUUACUGGCAAGCAAGGAGUUUGCUGAACAGCUCAAACUUCUGGUCUUUGACCCUGUGACCGACAUAAAAAUCCCCUCCAUUGAGAGCCCUAUUUGUGAUACUGUGGAAAAGUCUCACCAUCUUUUGGAGACUUAUAGACGUUUGGCAAAGUUGAUAUCUACCAGCACCGGCAUCACUAUAAGCUCCAACUUUCUCUUCAAUGCUGGGACUGAACAUGAACUUUCAGUCCACCAAUUGAGCAAGAAGCUAAUCAACAUCAAGAAGGUGUUAGAAGAUUUGUCACCGGCUGCAAUAGACGAGAAAAAGAGGCAGUAG